GUAGACGUAUCGAAUUUAUCAUUUAGAAUCAUGAAUUAGAUGUAAAAAUCUCGAUUAUCGUUGAAUUGUAUCGAAAAAAUGCUGUAUUUGACAAAUUUCCUUGAUUUUGCCGUCAUUUGGCACCGCCAUGAUGUUUUCGACCUUCUGUUUAUGUGCAUCUUUAAAGUACAACUAUUUUAUCCAUCGAUGGACGGGGUCUUAACUUCAUUUCUACUCCCAUCCCAUUCCAAAAACAGAUUUUUUCUCCAAAAUACUGUUUUUUUCGUAUUUCUUUUUAUUAAGACAGCCAUAUUUGUUUUCCACGUCGACAAAACUCAAAUAUAACGACGGAUUCGGAAAGAGCAUACCCAAAAAUAGUAGAAUAUACAUUGUUGGUCAAAUUGCUCAUGAUUUGAUAGGCAUUCAAGAGAGUCAAAAGUAAGCAGAAAAUUUUGGACUUUCAGGCGUUAAUGGGUUAAUGUGUUUUACAUGCGUCACAUCAAUAAUCUUAUUAAUAUCGGUACAUACAAAGUCAUAAUUUAUAUAAUAAUUACAGUUAUUAAUAAUAGUGAUAUUAAUAUUAAUAAAAUCGUAAUAAUAUUAAUAGAAAUAUUAAUUAAUAACAUUGCAACUCAUCGAUAAUUAUAUCGCUUUCAGUUUUCGAUUUGCUGUCGUUUCCUAAAACUGCUGAUCUACCCUUUGCACACUCUCCGCCGCAUUAGCUAUCCGCACAUUAGCCUCCUAAUCUCCAAUCGCUCGGCCCGUGGAGAUUUCGGAGAGCGGCAAAGCAUCGCUGAUCAAUAAAGGAGACCGAGCGUUGCGGCCGUUGUGGAGCUUAAUCUCGCGACUGGUCCCGCGUGAUUGAUUCGAACAUAUUUCCAGCUUACGCGCGGACCACGAUCGAUCUCUCUCAAAAUCCCAUCGUGAGGCUACAAUUUGAACCUUUGUUAGCUUUUUGCACGAGAUAAUUAUUAAGCUCAGAUCGUAACAAGGUACAAUUACUUAUGAAUUAUGAUUUUCACGUACAAAUAUUACACAAAUUACUGGGGUUGAUGAGAUUGAUUUGUACCCCUACGUUUUGGAGUAUCUGGCGAUCGCCUCGGUAUCGCAUGAAACCUUUCAAUUUUUAACAUCUUCAAUGUUAAAAAUCUUUGAUGUUAAAAAUUAGAAGGUCUGCCUUCACGAUCAGUCGAGACAAUGCCUUCCCCUCGCUUAUAAACAGCGCCUUUCUCUCGCGAAUAUCCGACUAUGUUCGAGAAGAGGGCGGAUUCGAAUCGCGCAAUAUGUCGCAUAAUUCGGCCAUUCCUCAUACCACAUUCGCGAGCAUGUGAGCUCCGAGGGAACGAAACUCCCGACAUGUGUAGCCACGUGUGUAUCGCUUGUAGUUUCAUAAGCACGCCGGAUACGCCGCCCUCCGACAUCCGAGAAUCAAAGUCACGGAACGCGAAAUCGAUUCGGGAGGUAUCAGGAUCCCAUUGUUUGCGCGGGGACCGACGUUUUUCCGGGAUUGAUGGAUGCUCCCGCGGCUGAGGCUGUCAUGUACCAGGUAUUCGAGAAAACGGUCGGUUUUCCGCGGCGCUACUCCACGGUAUUCCGUGAUAUUCAUUUCUUCCAUGCGUUUAAGAGGCUCGAGGGUGUGUCUUGUAUUGGAGACGUCUUUCAAGAAUAAAGAGUGGAGAAUCUUCGCAGUCUGAUUGUAAAUGCGCAAAAUUUCUCUAGAAAAUUAGGCGACUUUGCACUACCGUUUCUCGACGAUGUUCCUCGACACAGCGCCGACUCGCUCUCUAUAAUCGCUCAGUGAGUUCACGCUUCACGAGGGAGACUUUUGUAUUCACGAGUAUGAUAAUGUCCUUUGACGCAAGCCCUCUUCGCACCUACAACCUCGUUCGCGCACGUGUCUGCAUCAUGUGCUCCUAACGGAGGGAUGUCCGUGAGCAACCGGGAAUACGGUAUUCCGAUGCUUCGGAAACGUCUCCGCGCCGCGAAUGCAGGAAUAAUUUUACAUAUUUCAGCGCAGCUUGCGGAGCGGCAAAGGAGCUUACUUGUUGUCGCCGAGCAACAUCGCUACGUAUGCAAAACGCUUUUAUCGAACGUUACUCCGAUAAGAUUUGUGUGUUAGCUUCUCUCUCUCGAUAUCGGCUUAUCUGUUAUCUAUCCGUGUUACGUCUUGACAGUGUGACAAGCGAUAUCCCUCAUUCACGUUCGAGAUUUUAUUAUCAAGAAUAUCAGGCAUCAAGAUUUGGCGAAUUGUUUGAUCAUGUAUUGGCAAGAUCUGAAAUUUUUUGGUACCAAUACGCUUGUAGUUAUUUGUAAUAACAGUUUUUUAUUUGUUUAAUCCUCGUUAACAAGGACUAAAGAAUUACAAGAAUAUUAGCAACGAAAAUUAGGACACUGUCAAUAACAACAGAAAGAAACUUGCAAUUACAAAAAUACUUUCGACAUCGUCAAAAAUCAAGAAAAUAAAGAAAAGAACAAGAGCUGUCGUCAAAUUGACAAAAGCUUCCAGUAAUCGACACUUGCUUAACAAACGAGAACUCUCGCCACGUUUGGCGCCACUUUUCGAAGCCGAGGGUGAAUCUCUCGCCGGCAGAGAGCUCUGUCGUCGUGGGCGCCAAGUCGGGGAGGGUGAACCGCAAUCGAUUGCGAUAUAUCGCAAGCAACUCCGACGCGUCGGAGGGUGGAGGCGCGUGCGCCCUGGCCGGACCGCGCGGAUUGGCCGGCGAUGAUGUCAUGCAGUCACCCCUAGGUCUCUGAUAUCAUCUGCGGGCUUUUCUGCAGUCCACACCGACCACUCGAGCGGCGUAGCCGCAUCAUUCGAGGUAUUGCACCUGUGUCUAACAUCCACGCCGCGCUGUCCGGUCUGUGCCGACCGCGGACAACCCCGAGCAUUCCUCGCAGCCGAGGGCAUUUCGGAGCCACGCACCCCGCCGGCAAAGGUAUCACUGUGCGACGAUUACAGCCUGCCCGUCGACUUCGUGAACAAGAGACGUCCUGCAAGCGCAGCAGCCGCGACUUCUACGGUGCAAUGGAUGCUGCCGAGUCCGACAGUGGAGAACGCGGAAGUCGAGGUUGUGGAACAAUACAGCGACCCUAGAGACAGCAAGAGCAAGGCGUACGUAGAGCCGGGUGCGGAGACUUCCUUGCCAACGAUCUACAGCAAGGCGAAUCGCAACUAUUGUCGUCCUUACACAGAUCCAUCAGCCUCUGGUUCAUCCUGCGAGGAUGACGAGGAUGGACGACUGGUAAACGUCAGGAAACGGAAGAACAGUCUCUAUGCUUCCUCCUCGACUCGCGCAUUAUCCGCGGAUCGCGACACCUUGACAUCAACCGACGCUCUGCUCGUGGAUUGCGUCGCUCUGGUGCAUCUCACCGAUCAAUCACCGACCGAGUCCAGCCAACCAGUGCGUCACCCAUCGCCUUAUUACUACGGCGAUCUCUUCAAGGUACCGGAGCAAUUGUCCAAGUCGCAGCCAAGCAAAUAUCGCAAGAGCGUCAGCCUCGACGUGCCGGGCGAACGUUCGCGCACACCCGGUAUACCAAAGAGGAACUCGCUUGCGGGUGAUGGGGGCUCGUACUCGUCCCAGCAUCGGUACUAUCAGCAGCAACAGCAGCAGCAGCAACAACAACCGCCGCCACCACCACCGCCGCCACCACCGCACUAUCGUAGCCAGGAUCUGGUGAGCCCCACGUCGGGGAGCGAGCAUGCUGUCUCAGGCAGAAACGAGAUCCUCUCGUCGUGUAUCAUCACCGAGUGGGAUCACACCCUCAUGCCACCUCAUCGUCUGCUGAGCCAUGAUCUGCCCACGACCGUUUGUACCUGCGUAGCGUCGCCUGAAGAGGAGGAGGAUGAGUUAGAACGACGGCAGCCGCAAGUGUCGCGGCAUCAGGUGCGCAAACUACGACGUACGCGUAGGAUAGAACCGCAGCCGAUACUCGUCGAGGACGAGGACGACGUGGAGGGCGAAGACGAGGGCGAGGAGGAGGAGGAGGAAGACGCGGAGCCCGAGGACGAGGACGAGGAAGGGAUGGCCAGGCAACGUCACCUCUACGAGACGGCCUUCGACUGCAAGGUCAAUCGCUCCGACGACGAUCUCGACGAUCUCGAUCGCGUUACCAAUCAUCCGGUGCUGCAUUCCCAGAUAUGGAGUGGUACCGCCCUAACGAGCAGGACGAACUCGUCGACGGACACGUCGAAGCAGCAGCUUCAGCAAUCGCUUCCUUACGCCGGCCAGUCGCAGCCAAGCAAGGAUCAUCGACGCAAAGUUGUACUUCUCCGCCCAAAACCGAUUCCGAGCCGCCUACAACAGCAGCAACAACAACAGCAGCAGCAACAGCAGCAAUCGCAGCAACAAUCCGACAAUAUAUCUACUCUGUCCCAGGAUAUCGAGUCCCUCCAGAUCAACUCGAGCGAUGAGAAAACUGGAUCGCCGAGGCUACCCGCGCGCGAUUACACGCCGUCACCACCUUCGACCGCACCAUUGCCUGCGAAAUUUCACGGCAACCGCGAUCAUUUGCUGUUAAACAUACGCAGUGCACCGAAUCUGCCAUCGCAGCCCGAUCAUCCCCGAUUGAAGGACAUGAGGCUGCCGGUGAAGUCGUUGUUGCGCGCCAAAGACUCGCCGCAGAGCAGCGAGGGUAGCAUCCUCGAGAUCAAAGGUCGGCCGAAAACCUUCGUCCAGGAGAACAUUGACUCAUCGCAGGGUCGCCGGUUCGACAAGGAGCUCAUACUCGAGUUCAAGGACAGGCCGCGGGAGGAACGGCAACGACCGCGCAGCCUGAUCCGCGAGAACAGGCCGAUAAUGGAAUUCAAGGGCAGGCCCCAUGAGGCUGAAAGCGAGCUCGCGCGGCCGCGCUGCCGGGACGCCGGUCUGCUGGAGUUCAAGCUGCGGACGUCGCGACGCCGCGCCGGUUACUCGAGCACCGAGAGCAUGGCGACGAGCAGCAGCGGCGGCAGCAUGGAGUCCAUCCGCAGCAGCACCAGCGAGGGCAACCGGUCCACCAGCAGCUCCGACAGCCGGCACAGUACUCGUUCGUUGAGCUCGCACAGCUCCGACAGCACCGGCGGCAUCAAUUGCUACCAUCAUCAUCAGCAACCGUCGCUGCCUGGCUUCCUGACGCAUCACGCCACCAAGAUGCACAUCCUAUCGCCGAUCUCCGACAAAUCGUCGCAAGAACCGGCCUCGGAGACGUCCGACAAUAACCGGAAUAACAACUCGCAGAAGGCCUCGCCCGAGGAGAACAUCACGGUGGAGAACAAUGUGGCGAGCAACAAUACGAGCAACACCAACGCGGCCAACACGAACGCCGUCACCUCGCCCAUGGACACGUCGUUCAAGAAGCGACGUGCGCCGCAGAACAAGAAUCUCAUCAAUUUAGCGUUGCAGUCAUCGUCGUCGGGCGACGCCGAGAUCCAGGGCUCGGAUAGUGGUAUCUCGAUUGAGUCACGUGCUGGCAUCAAGUGCAAGCCCUUCGGUUUCCACCUGUUGAAGCCGCAGCUGGACAACAUCAAUCUCGUCGACAACGAGCCCGAACUCUCGGACUUGCCCUUCGAUAUGCCGAAGCUGCGUAGGAGACGGCUGUUGAUGCAGCAGGACGCCACCACCUCCGGAAGCGCGACCAGUGUGGACCUGAGGGACCUGCCCUUCGACAUGCCGAAACUCCGGAAGCGUCUAAGGUGCACUCAGAGUACCGAAUCCAGCGCGUCCCAGGCGUCGUCCAGCCUUUCGGUGCGCGACGUGGAGCCACCUCCUCUGUUUGGCGGCGGUCUGGCGCGUCCGAAGAUGACUCUGAAUCUAGAUGCGGGCGGAAACACGGCGGGGACGAGCGGAAACUUAAGCGGACAAUUGGCGCCGAAGAAACCAGGCGGUUUGAGCCUCGGCUUACCGCUGGAGAUCAGCACCGCGCGAAUAUCAGCCGACCUAGUCGACGUGGAGCUCCCGUUGGAGAGGCAAGGGUGGUAUCACGGCUCUAUCACGCGCAUCGAAGCGGAGGGUCUCCUACGAGUACAUCAAGAGGGAAGUUACCUGGUGAGGAACAGCGAGUCGACUAAGCAGGAUUAUUCUCUGUCUCUGAAAAGCGCCCGUGGCUUCAUGCAUAUGCGCAUCCAGAAGAACGAGGAGCUGAACGCGUACAUCCUGGGCCAGUUCAGCAAGCCGUUCGACAACAUACCAGAAAUGGUCCGUCAUUUCAGCGUGAACCGUCUUCCGAUACGCGGUGCCGAGCACAUGUGUCUCCUGCAUCCAGUCAUAGUCCAGCUUUUGUAGCGCAUUUAUCGUAGCGCCAUUUAAAGGCGCUGUGUGAGACUCUUUUGAUAAUUCGCUUUUCCCCUUUCACGAGUGCGACGAGUGCCGAAGCGCGCGACUGCGAGUGCGAGUAUUAGAAGCUCGCGACACGAAGCGCCGAGCAAAUGUCGACACGCGUUACACUACGGGGAAUACUGUUAUUCUCCGUACGAGGCAGGUCUUCCGAGCGAUACGUGGUUGACUUCCUGCGGAAUCCGCCGCAUCACAAUUCGCAUUCGCUUCUGGUCGAAUGGACCGCACGAAGAGCGCCGGAGAUAAUGGACAAUAAUGGCAUCGACGGGGAACAGCGCAACGCCCUGAAAUGUUGGUAUGAGUACAGUACAAAAGUAUAAAUGGUCAACGAGAGGGAGAGAGAGCGAAGCUACUCAACGUUACGCAGUUACGAUCGAUCGGACGGCAACGUCCGGGUGCCUGCAAUUUAUCGGGAGACACCAUAGCGCUUCACCUGCGUGAAAAGUCCCGCUAGGUCGCUCACAGUGAGGAAGCUUCCACAACACGCUCGUCUUUUCGACAACAUUUUAUCUUUGCCUGUAUGCGGCCGAUUUUCCGCUUCGCGAUGGAGCUCGAAUUGUGGCGGGCACAUAUCUGGGCUCGAGAAUGCUGAAAUCGACGGACGCGCUUCGUCUUCCGCGAGACAUCGCGCAAACCUACCUCAUAGGCAAGCACACGCGUCGCGGCACGACGUAUGGACGAACGUUGCGAACUAUUGAAGACACUUUGAUGGCAGAUUAGUCGAGAUGGAUAUUCAGGAUAUACCGGAAGCGGACGCGAACCGCUUGGCGGCAGUAAUCGUUCGCAAUCGGCAUUCGCGAGCCUCGCAAGGGGUUGCGAAUUCGGAAUCGACGAUUCUGAGAUGUAUACGCAAGAUUGAUCUCGAGGAAGCGUCCAGAAAGAGAAAGAGAGAGUUCGCCAGCUUAUUUGUACGUGUACAGAUGUUCCUCGAGGCUACUAAGCAAGUAAGCACCUAUGAAAGAAACUAGAUGGAAUCAGAAAGGAAACUUAACGUAAUUUAAGAAAACGGGAAACAAGAGUGGGUAAUACGUACUUAGGUUUAACAGAAACGUGAACGCAGCCCGACGUGGCGCGCGAGCCGGAGGAGCCAAAGUAGAGCUAAUCCUAAUUAACGCCCGGUCGAUUUUUAGAGUGCGGGCGCGUAGAGGAUCGGGAGAGAUGAGCGCGGUGAGCGCUUUGGAAAAUGCCAAACUUUACUUCUAAUCAUAAUCGUUUAGUCAGGGUUUAGUUUUAUCCGUCGUCGUUGAUAAGCGAUUAGGCGUAGAUCGAUAAGAGCGGCCGCAAUUUGGAUCGGUGUCGAUCGCGAGAGUCGAGAAGAGAGUUUCCUGAGUAAUCCUGAGAAAACUAUAGGAGAUGGCAAUGACGAUGACGUCUUCGCAGAGUCAAGAGAACGUAAACGAGAACAGAGAGAUGGACGAUCGAAGAGUCAGCCAGUCUGAAUGAUCGGUGGCUCGUCUCACCCGAGUCAUCCGUCCGACAGUCCCAGAUUCGUGGGUGAUUUUUGCGAUAGGAUCGUGCAACCGAUACAUAUUUUUUCAUGUGAUAUUAAUUUGUUACAGAGAAUAGCCUAGUUUCACCUGUGAUCUGUUACUUAGUUCCCCUUGCCGCGUGCGUUCGCGCGCGAUAAUAAUGAAUAAUAAUUGUAAACUUGUGCUGUUACAUCGCGUAGCCGGCAACGAUCAGGCGCGUCGAUCAGGCGCGACGACGACGAGAGAGAAAGAGAGAGAGAGACGUCCGUGGUGUUACAAUAAUUUCUCGAGUUAGGGAUUCGAUUCGCGCGGAACUGGUUGUGAGCGAAUUUUUCUGUUAGCGCGAGCGUGGUGCGCGCAGAACGAGCAGCGGUUUCGCUUAGCGUUAAUUAGUGACGUAGGAAUCUGCAAUGACGGGUAGCGAGUGCCAGGCCUUCAUCCUUUAGAACAGACGACAGUUUUUCAAUCGGUAUUACGCGCAUGAACGAGACGCAUUGGUUUACUGAUUGCACGCAACAUUCAAAUCCUGACCGCGGAAGUACUUGAAUUGAUGCUUAAAUUAUAUACUUGAACACUUGAUUAUGUACGUGAACCACGUGCGAGGCACUCUCUACUUUCGCGUCCAUUUAGGUUGAGUGUAAUAAUUCGUACGUCGUACUUUAAGCUGCCAGUAUUAUUAACUGUAAUCGAUAAUGCAUAUCCAUGUUAACGUUUAAGACAUUAUUAUUGCCCCUCCCCGUCCCCGUUCCCUCCACCCUCGCCCCGCAGCCCAGAUCAUCGAAAACCGUAAUCUACGUGCGUUGAUUUCGUAUUAUAUUCAUUGCGUUGUGUCGUUGCGUGUGAUGACGAUGAGGUACGCCUCGUGCGUUGGCGUUGGUCUGAUAUCGGCGUGAUAUCGUAGAGAGCUGUAACUGCUACGACUAAUUCUAGACUCCGUAGAUUAUGGGACGCUGCUACUUACCGUGAGGUAGUACGUUAAUUAUACAUGGUAGACACUAACUUGUAGAUACUUCCUGUACCUUGAGAUUUGUAUGAAGUAGCACCUAGAGACACACACACACGUAUACAUAAAUAUAUAUAUAUAUAUAUAUUACUAUGAAAGAGGAAUACCAUAGCGGGUAGUCGUUUGUAGGGUACAUAUUAUGGUGUAAGAUCGAGCUGACAAGCGGAGUGAAUCCGACGAAUAUCCCUGAGCGCCGUGCGCAUCCUUUACGGAUCCCGGCCGGCGAUGUGCAAUAUUCCGAUGCGGUCGCCUGACGUGAAGUACGAUCCGAUAUUUUUGUUUCGGCAGGCAGACCACCGAUGUUCCAAAUCGACUUCACUAGAUAGUCUUGUGUACUCUGGAAAUCUCUCUUAAUAAUAAAACAUUUAAUAACUGC